AUGUAUACACAUGCUAUAUUCCCAGUAAUACCUGAUGAUAUACGCGCGGCCGAGAAGAAAACUAAGAUUGAUGUGCCGACAGUACACGCUCAAAUCGAAGGUUUUCAAGAAACUUUGCGAGAAGCCGGCAUCUCGAUUAUGGAAAUUGAGACAGCAGAAGGCAAAAACAACAAUCUCCUAUAUUUGAAUGACUUGGCUAUUGUGAUUGGGCAGACGGCAUUGAUUGGACGGACAGUGAAAGUGAAAGAAACACCGGAGCAGCUAGUUCGAAUACUAAAACAGUUGGUCUGGAAAGUAGACAUUUGCCCAGCAAAAACCUACGGUGGGGAUAAGAUUAUUUUGGAUGCCCAGGACGUCCUUUUCACCGGGAAAGAAAUUUUGGUGAGCACGAGGAAAAAUGGCACGAAUCUCGAGGGAGCAGUGGUACUGAGCAGAACAUUCAGCUCACACCACAUAGUAGUUUUGCCCUUCAAUAAACUGCAGCCUAUUCGACAUUAUAUUUCCGUGGCGAUACCCGGGGAAGUUCUAACCAUUGGCAAUAGUAAGGAAGCGGAGGAAGUGAAGCAGAUUAUGCGGUCAAAAACAACCUAUACCUAUAAUGUUAUCACCACCGAUGAUAGUACCGCAGCCGCUUGCUUGAAUUUUAACAACCGAGUAGUUUUCAGACAGGAUAGGCCGGAACCGAAAUUUUCGAAACUACGCGAGGAUGGACUUGAACUUUGGGCACUCGAUGUCUCAGAAAUCAGUAAAAUCACUUCACCUUUCACUAGAUUUUGUCUCCUUGUCAAUGACGGAUCUUCAGCGAAUCAAAAACAAGCU